ACGUGCUCCAGAGAGCGUCCUAAAACUGCCGCGAUUUAAACGUCAGAAAUCAUUGCGCGGGUAGUUCGAUAAAAGUUUAGCUUCGACUGUCAAUCAAAAGCAAACGAGCGUGAAAUUCGGGGAUUUAUAAAGAAAGUGUUUGAUUCGAGUGCAAUUGUAAAUAAAAGUGAUUUUGUAGUGAUAACGCGAGGUGAGCGCAGCCCUCGACCCCUUGCCAGUUGAUAAAGGUUGCAGAUGUUAUUUACUCUGCAGUAGCGAGCCACUGGUCGUCGCGAGUGCAUCGUCUCAGGCUCAGGAACAUUCCACGCGGUGAUCAACAUGGAACUCAACUUCAUAUCGACACUGAUCAAACAUGACGUGAACUAUAAUGUGAGAAAGUGCUUCAAAGCUAAGAAGCCGUUUGACACUAGAAAAGAAGAAGUAUUGGCAAUUAGAAGCAAAUUCCCGAACAAAAUACCCUUAAUAGUAGAAAGAUAUCAUAAGGAAAGAAAUCUCCCAGCGUUGGAUAAAACGAAAUUUUUGGUCCCAGAAGAAAUCACAAUGUCACAGUUCCUAGUUAUAAUAAGAAAUAGAAUGGCGAUCAAGCCGAAUCAAGCGCUGUACCUGAUAAUGAACAACCGGUCCAUGCUGAGCAUGAGCCUCACGAUGGCGCAGGCGUACGACCAGCACGCCGACGAGGACGGCUUCCUCUACGUCACGUACGCCUCGCAGGAGGUCUUCGGGUAUCAGGACGAUAUCAGAAGGGAGAGUUUAGAAGUGCAAGCGAUUAGAAACAGAUUCCCUAACAAAGUGCCGUUAUACGUGGAGCGCUACAGCGGAGAGCGUGAGGUGGCCGAGCUGGAGCGGAAGAAGUUCCUGGUGCCGCAAGAACUCACCAUGUCGCAGUUCCUCUACAUCAUCCGGACCAAGAUGAAGCUCAAGGACUCACAGGCGCUGUACCUAACAGUGAACAACAAGAUCCUCGCGUCUCACAGCAUGAGCAUGGCGCAGGCGUACGCGCAGUUCCGCGCCGACGAUGGCCUGUUGCACCUCACGUACGCCUCGCAGCAGGUCUUCGGCUGACACCGAUUCUGUCGCGAAGCUGAGAUAGUCAUGUCCUAAUGUUCCUGUUACGUCUUCUAUAAUAAGACUGAUAGUAUUUAAAUGUUUGUGAUAGCAUUACCAAGUUUUAUACUUACAACUGUCAAGCAUUUGAAAAAUGUGUGUUUUGUACAUUGUCCAGGCAGGCCCAUGCAAUUAAAAUUGAUCACUUAUUUAUUUAUGAUUGCUUUUAUCAAUAUUAAUAAUUAACUAUUUGCGAUUCCAUGUACGUAGGUGUUGACAUAAUAUUGGCUGCGGCAGAGUUUCUAUGGAAAUACAUAGCUGUAAGGUAAUUAAAUUAAUUGCUGAUGAUUAUUUUGUUAAUCUAUGUAAUUUGCAACAGUGUAAUGUAAAUGAGCAUUAAUUGAUAUUCUGUAAACAUACGUGAUAGAAAAGUCCGGUUGGUACUAGAUCUGUCCGUGAAAUCAUUACGUAAACUGUAUAUUUUACUGUUGUAAAAAGAAACUAACUUUCUUGAUGAUCUCAAAAAUGUUAAGAACAAAUAAUUAAAACGCUUUCUCAUUCAAAGAAGGAAAGAAAUAUUGUAAACAUUUUAACAAAUUAGUGACUUAGAAAAA